UGAUGAGAAAAAAAAAAAAUUCAUCUAUAAAUAAGCAAGAAAAAAAAGUAUAUACAUAUCUGCCAUAGAGGCUCAGCCGUAGCCGAUAUUGAUCUGAGUGGGGGGUGAACCCCUAAGCCGUUGUACAUAUGCAAAUGCUUGUGCAACCGAUAAUUAUGUGAAUGAAUUCAGUUCAAUUUUCGAGUAAUAUGAAGAUAUGAAAAUAAGAAAUUCAUUUAGAUACGUCAUAGGCAAAAGGCGCGGAUUAACGAGAGUUGAUUUGAUAGAAUUGAAUGAAUUCUAUAUUGAGAGCAAAUUAUGGAUGUCAUUUAGAUAGAACGAUUGGGCACUUUAAAGGUUAUCUUAUCUGGCAAUACCGUCGAGUCAAUAGUACUGUUUUUGAACUUAGCCAGGAAGGAAACGCCAAGGAUUUCUUCUCGCCAAGCAAAGUUUCUCUAGUGAUGAUAGGGCUAAUUCUAUUGAAUCUGCUUAAUACCUGUAGGAAGAAAACCAUUCAGCAGGAGCAUUUUCAAAAAUUGGUUUUGCUUACACUUGUGUUUAGCCUUUCUGUAAAGUAUGAAUGAUUAAGGUCUCUAAACGGCCGUUCGAUAAAGCUUCGCACUGAUCUACCUGUAUUUAUGAAGAGCAAAAUGUGCAGAAUAUAUGAAAAGCCCUAAAUCAACUAACAUAUAUAUAUUUUUAAAAUUUUUGUAGGAAUCAAUAAAAUACUAAGCUAUUAACGAAUUCUUUCUUGAGAAUGAAAGCUUCUUGCUUUUUUCAGAUUUAAUUCACAUCAUAGAAUUAAAUGUAACCAGCUUGUAUAAAUCAGAUCAAAAGAGAUAAGAGUGGGAUUAAAAGUUAAAGAAAGAAGACAAUUCAAAAAGAUCGUUGGAUAUGAUGAUAUAAUUGUUGAACAAUAGUUUGUGCAGACGGCUUAGUUACAGCACUCAACUUGGCAAUGCAUUCAUAGCUUCCGGCGGGACCUCUUUUUCUACAUCUGUGAAGUGCAAUAAGGAAGCUGCUCUGCCAACAUAAGGGGACGCAACCUGUAUUCACAGAACAAUCGAAAAUUUUUGCUCUAAUAGUUCAGCGGAGAAUGAUUUGAGCACAUUGGAUGAAAACCCAUCACACACUAGCGCACUACUAUAUAAUUAAUGGGCUUUAAUGGGCUUUAAAACUUGUAAUACAUCAUUUUCAAAACAGACCAAAUUCGGAAUUCAAAAAAAAAUUGAAUUUGAGAUUGAAUGACGUUUACGGCAUCACUUUCUUGUUUUGUUUUGUUUAUCGAGGAAUGUCUUUACCACGUAAAAACCCAUUUCGUAUCAUAACGGAGCGUUCUUGUGUGAUUUUGAAUACAUUCGAGUCUAUGUAUAUUCUAUAUUACUAUGGUUACUAUGGUUAUUUGUUUAAACGUUAAAUCGAUAAAGGUUGAUAUUAUUUAUUAAGCGGUCAUCGAAUGCCUGUGUUGCAAGCACCUAAAGAAUCAAGCGAUUCUUCUCCUGAAGAAUCUAUCCAGCACCCAAUUGUGGAAGAACAAGGAUGGGGUGGAUUGUUAGCUAUUGCUGCUAACGCUCAAGGACAUUACCGUUUGCAAGCUCCGGCUUGGCCUUUAGUUCAAGCGCCGAAUAAUUUCGUUCAAUGGGAGAAUUUGAACAAUGCUCGCAACCUAAAUGGAGGCAAUCCGCCAACACCUGGUAUAUACGAUCGUGAUAUAGAAGAUAUGGAAGAAGAAAAUCAUUUUCCUGCAUACGUGCACUUACUGCCGAUGACCACAGCCCAACCAGCUCCUGAACCGACUAUUGAUGAGUUAUUGAGACGUGUCACUUUACGCACUGAUUUGCAUAAUAUAGAAACUGUUCGAUUACGUGUCCUCUCCUCUCAUUUAAGUCUUUCGCACUUGUCGUUGUUUACACCACGACUUCAGCAUUUGGAUCUUAGCGGCUCAGUGUUAUUUUCUUUGCGCGAUUUAGGUUUAGGUUUAAUUCAUUUAUUACAUUUAAAUGUCAGCAAUUGUGGCUUGAAUAGUCUGGAUGGUACUGUAGCGUUUCCAUCAUUACGCAUCCUAAUAGCCAACGGCAACAUGAUACAGCGUCUCGGUUCCUUAACUGACAUGCCACUUUUACAACGUUUAAGUGUAUGUCAAAAUCGAAUUAGCGAGUUAAGUACCUUAACUUUUCUAAGUUUGUCUUAUCAUUUAACGGAAUUGGAUUUGCGUGGCAAUCCUGUCUGUUAUAAUGCCUUGUACCGCCUAACCAUGCAACGUAAUAUACCGUCUUUACAAGUACUGGAUGGAGAAACUAUAUCCUCGGAUUGUAAUCAAAGGCAAAGUGAAACAGCUCUGGCCACAGACAGCGAUGAAAUGUCGUCGAUAUCAAAUGCUUCGACAUCUUUACCUCUCCUCAAUUCGAAUGAACGCGAACAUCGCGAGGAGCGCGUUAACAGCGCUCCUGUGACAAUGCAAAGAUCGAGUUCUGAAUCAUCGAGUUCACGUUGCAGUAGUUUAUAUACAGGUUCACCGGUUGUUGGGUCUGUUUUAUCGUUGGCUAGAAAUUCUAAUCGUCAGCGCCGCCACGACGCCAAUGCUUGGAUUUCUCCGGAUAAUUCAAGUUCCUCUUUAGAAUUUUCCCACGAUCAAGCCACUGGUGUAGCAUCUUCGCUAUCAUCUCAGGGCAGUUGUGAUAUCGAUUUUACGCCGGUUAAUGAUAAAUAUCAUUAAUUGUUUACAUUGUUGUUAUUUGUUGUUUUGUUGGUAUAAAUAAGCGUUUAAGAUAGAUUAGCGCAUUUCAAUAAAGUAUUGGAAAAGUCGUAAGAUGUUACUAACAUAAUUUGCUUAUAGCUAAAAACCCUAAUCUAAGGCGAAUAGUUUGUGAAGGUGAGAGUUUUCUUUUACCAAAUAAUAUUAUUUAAAUUUGCAUAUCAGCAAUAUGGAGAAUCCAAUGAGUGGGAUCCGGU